AUGCUCUCGACUAGGCUCGCAUUCUUGUUCUUCGUUUUCACCGCGCUUGCGAACGUGGUCAUCGCCACGGAGCGCAUCGCUGUGAAGCGGGAUGACAACUUGCCAGCCCGUGUCCCGUACGUCUUCCCUCCUCCCGGGACGGAUGCGGUCGCAGAUGCUAUCCGCCAGAGGCGCGUCAAUGGAACGCUGUUGGAUCUAGACGGAGUCUUACUCCAAGAUGAGGGCGUCGCAUCCAGCUGGAAUGACUUCUUCGGUGUCAUCCGCGACAACAAUUCCCUUCCGGCAACAAUGCGGGAGCUUUUCAUCCUGCGCACAGGAGUCCUGAACAAUGCAGCUUACGUUUGGCUUCAACACGAACCGGUCGGCGCGAGCGUCGGCCUGACCCUCAUCCAGCUGCGCGAGAUCCGGCUCACGCCCGCCUUUGCCUCGGCGCACACUCCGAAUACCUCACUCACACCUGAGCUGAACGCAGCGAUGGUCUUCGCCGACUUCAUGACAAAGUCGGUGCAAGUGCCCCAGACGGUAUUCAACAGCCUGCACAAGUUCCUGAACGAUAAGCAGAUGGUUGACGCCGUCGCGACGGUGGGUGGGUACAACUUUGUCAGUCGGUUUGUCGUGGCACUCGAUGUGGACAGCAAGGUGGGCGUGCCGGUGCCAAUUCCGACGUCGCUGUGA